AUGGACUCGAAGGCAGGAGCGCGGCGGGCGUGGGCUCGAGGAGAUGGGCGUGGGCUCGAGGGGACGAGGGAACGUACGCACGCGGCUUCGGAUCGCAGGCGCAGGCGGCGACUCAGGCGAGGAAAACUUCGACUUCAACAUGGAGAUGGUGCUUUGCGCGGCAGCCUAUCGGGCGUGGAGCUUGCGCGAGGGCUCGAGCAGAGAUUCGAGCCAGGAGGCAAUAGCAUUAAUACGCUCCUCAGACAUGGAAAGCGUUAAAGGCUGAACUGCUUAGAGUUGAAUAGCCUGGAAUUCUGACGCGUGUAUACAUCGUUAAUCUCCUCACUAAUUCUCAUGUCUGCUUAGCAACGCAAAGAGAACUAAGCCACA